AUGAUUGUAAAACCUCGAUUUAAGUGCGAAGAUUGCAUCAAGCCCAUAGCGCGGCGAUUAGCUUUAUUCCAAGCAAAAGACGAAUACGAGUGUUAUGCAGAAAGUUACGUAAAAUGUUUUUGGGGACUUUGCGAUCUCCAUAAAAGCGAAGAUACUUUAAUUCCCACUGCAAUUAAACAAAUAGUCACGGAACAACCAGGGAAACGCCAUUUUUAA